AUGGCUGAGACUACAGCUGAUGUAGUCGAUAUCCUCUCGUCGGUCACUUAUACUGACAAGCCUCUUCGACCAAACGAAUGCCGACUUCUGAAGCUUCACGAGACUUGCACUGGAGAUGACAUACGUGUUUCACUUACGGUCUGCUCACUGGAUUUUGAUCGACGGGACUCCCGGUAUUAUGCUCUUUCAUAUACUUGGGGCCAUCCUUAUGGCGAAUCUGAAGAUGGCACUGAACUAACAUCAACCGGAAAAUCCCCCAUUAUCGUGUGUGAUGGCAUUCCACUAAAGGUCAAGAGAAACCUGUUCGAAGCCCUGCUUCAACUUGCAGCAAGAAGAUAUUUUGUGGACCUUUGGAUCGAUGCUAUCUGUAUUGACCAGAGCGAUGAUUCCGAAAGGACGAAGCAGAUCCAGUUGAUGGCCGACAUUUAUUCGAAGGCGAAGGAGGUAAUCAUCUGGCUGGGAUGUGGCGACGAUGAAUCGAAGGAGGCGAUUCCUAUCAUUGAGAAAUUUGGACGUCAAUUGUUGCUCGCACAAGGACCUCACAUUCCUUUCAAUGAUAGGACCUACCUGGAAAGCCAUGGCUUGUAUCCACUAAGCGAAACUCAAUGGAAAGCGAUCCUGAUAUUCUUUCGUCGCAGAUGGUUCAGGCGGGUGUGG